UGUGGAGCGGCGGGUCCAUGUGCGCAUCAAGCGGCGCUGCCCUGCCCUCCGCCUCCCCGCGCGCCGCCCGCCCUGGCCAGGCCAUGGACCCCAACACCAUCAUCGAGGCCCUGCGGGGCACCAUGGACCCGGCCCUGCGGGAAGCCGCCGAGAGGCAGCUUAAUGAGGCUCACAAGUCAGUGAACUUCGUUUCAACUCUGCUUCAAAUCACUAUGUCAGAGCAACUGGAUUUACCAGUGAGACAGGCAGGUGUUAUCUACUUGAAGAAUAUGAUAACUCAGUAUUGGCCUGAUCGUGAAACUGCACCAGGGGAUAUUCCACCUUAUUCCAUCCCAGAAGAAGAUAGACAUUGUAUUCGUGAAAAUAUUGUAGAAGCCAUUAUUCAUUCUCCUGAACUAAUUAGAGUACAGCUUACUACUUGCAUUCACCAUAUUAUCAAGCAUGAUUACCCCAACCGCUGGACUGCAGUUGUGGAGAAAAUUGGUUUUUAUCUUCAGUCUGAUAACAGUGCUUGCUGGCUUGGAAUUCUCCUUUGUCUUUAUCAACUCGUGAAAAACUAUGAGUACAAGAAACCAGAGGAGCGGAGUCCCUUGAUAGCAGCAAUGCAGCACUUCCUGCCUGUUCUGAAAGAUCGUUUCAUUCAGCUUCUGUCUGAUCCAUCUGAUCAGUCUGUCCUCAUCCAGAAACAGAUCUUCAAAAUCUUCUAUGCUCUUGUUCAGUAUACAUUACCUCUGGAGCUGAUAAACCAGCAAAACCUGACAGAAUGGAUAGAAAUUCUAAAAACAGUUGUGGACAGAGAUGUACCUGCUGAAACUCUUCAAGUUGAUGAAGAUGAUAGACCAGAAUUGCCUUGGUGGAAAUCCAAGAAAUGGGCUUUGCACAUCUUGGCUAGACUUUUUGAGAGGUAUGGAAGCCCUGGUAAUGUUUCCAAGGAGUACAAUGAAUUUGCUGAAGUGUUCCUGAAGGCAUUUGCUGUUGGUGUCCAACAGGUGUUGCUGAAGGUGCUGUAUCAGUACAAGGAAAAGCAGUACCUGGCUCCUAGAGUUCUUCAGCAAACACUGAACUACAUCAAUCAAGGAGUGUCACAUGCUGUGACCUGGAAGAAUCUGAAGCCCCAUAUUCAAGGAAUUAUCCAAGAUGUUAUAUUUCCAUUGAUGUGCUAUACAGAUGCUGAUGAGGAGUUGUGGCAAGAAGACCCAUAUGAAUACAUACGUAUGAAAUUUGAUGUGUUUGAAGACUUCAUUUCUCCUACAACUGCUGCUCAGACAUUGUUGUUUACAGCAUGUAGUAAAAGAAAAGAGGUCCUGCAGAAGACUAUGGGCUUUUGUUAUCAGAUCCUCACAGAGCCAAAUGCUGAUCCUCGUAAGAAAGAUGGUGCUCUACAUAUGAUUGGUUCUUUGGCUGAAAUUCUCCUAAAAAAGAAGAUAUACAAAGAUCAGAUGGAGUACAUGUUGCAGAAUCAUGUGUUCCCUCUCUUCAGCAAUGAGCUGGGCUAUAUGAGAGCACGGGCUUGCUGGGUCCUUCAUUAUUUCUGUGAAGUUAAAUUUAAGAGUGACCAGAACCUCCAGACAGCCCUAGAACUCACAAGACGAUGUCUGAUUGAUGAUAGGGAAAUGCCUGUGAAAGUGGAAGCUGCCAUAGCACUUCAGGUUUUGAUCAGUAAUCAAGAGAAAGCUAAGGAAUAUAUUACACCAUUUAUUAGACCUGUAAUGCAAGCUCUGCUUCAUAUUAUAAGAGAGACUGAAAAUGAUGAUCUUACUAAUGUGAUUCAGAAAAUGAUCUGUGAAUAUAGUGAAGAGGUUACUCCCAUUGCAGUAGAAAUGACCCAGCAUUUGGCAAUGACAUUUAAUCAGGUCAUUCAGACUGGGCCAGAUGAAGAAGGCAGUGAUGACAAAGCAGUGACAGCAAUGGGAAUUUUGAAUACCAUUGAUACACUCCUGAGUGUAGUUGAAGAUCACAAGGAGAUUACCCAACAGUUGGAAGGGAUUUGUUUGCAAGUUAUUGGAACAGUUUUACAGCAGCAUGUUUUAGAAUUCUAUGAAGAGAUCUUUUCCUUGGCUCACAGUCUGACAUGUCAGCAAGUCUCUGCACAAAUGUGGCAGCUUUUGCCUCUUGUUUUUGAAGUUUUUCAGCAGGAUGGCUUUGAUUACUUUACAGAUAUGAUGCCUCUCUUGCAUAAUUAUGUAACUGUCGAUACAGACACACUUCUGUCUGACACAAAAUAUCUUGAAAUGAUCUACAGUAUGUGCAAAAAGGUCCUUACUGGUGUUGCAGGAGAAGAUGCAGAAUGUCAUGCAGCAAAGCUGUUGGAAGUCAUCAUUUUACAGUGCAAAGGGCGUGGCAUUGAUCAGUGUAUACCUUUAUUUGUGGAAGCUGCAUUAGAGAGAUUGACCAGAGAGGUGAAAACAAGUGAACUGCGAACGAUGUGCCUCCAGGUUGCCAUAGCUGCUUUGUAUUACAACCCUCAUCUGUUAUUAAAUACCUUGGAAAAUCUUCGUUUCCCCAAUAAUGUGGAACCUGUCACUAAUCACUUCAUCACACAGUGGCUUAAUGAUGUAGACUGUUUCUUGGGACUUCAUGAUAGAAAGAUGUGUGUGCUGGGCUUGUGUGCUCUUAUUGAUCUGGAGCAAAUACCACAGGUUUUAAAUCAAGUUUCAGGACAGAUCCUGCCAGCUUUUAUUCUUUUAUUUAAUGGAUUGAAAAGAGCAUACGCUUGCCAUGCAGAGCAUGAAAAUGACAGUGAUGAUGAUGAUGAUGCUGAAGAAGAUGAGGAAACUGAGGAAUUGGGGAGUGAUGAAGAUGAUAUUGAUGAAGAUGGACAAGAAUACCUAGAGAUUCUGGCAAAACAGGCAGGAGAAGAUGGAGACGAUGAGGACUGGGAAGAAGAUGAUGCAGAAGAGACUGCUCUGGAGGGCUAUUCAACAAUUAUUGAUGAUGAAGACAACCCUGUUGAUGAAUAUCAGAUAUUUAAAGCAAUUUUUCAGACAAUUCAGAAUCGUAACCCCGUUUGGUACCAAGCUUUGACACAUGGUCUUAAUGAAGAACAAAGAAAACAGUUACAGGACAUAGCAACUUUAGCAGAUCAAAGGCGGGCAGCCCACGAGUCCAAAAUGAUUGAAAAGCAUGGAGGAUACAAAUUCAAUGCUCCAGUUGUGCCAAGUUCCUUCAAUUUUGGAGGCCCGGCCUCAGGAAUGAAUUGAAUUAUCAUUUUUCCUGCUACUGUGUGAUUGUAGUGAAGAGCUUGUGUUCCUCCCAAUAGUGGUUCCAGAACUGGUUCAUGUUAUCUACAACUCACUCUAAACGAAUUGAUAAAUAGAUUGGACAGAAAAAACAAAACCCAGGAAGUGGGACCUGAUCAUGCAACCUAAUACUGGAAAGCAAACCAGAGGCUUUUUGAAGAUAGGAAGAACCUGACUUUAAAGCUUCAAAUGACACAACUGUGGAAAUCUGAAAUCAAGAGGGGACGUCAUGAAGGCAACUUUUCUUUUUCUGAGGAAAAAAUAGGCAUGGGCUGCAGGACUAUUUAAAAUGUCUCAUUUACAGUACAAGCUAGAAGGCUGAUUUAAUUUUUACACUUGUGGCAGUCUGAGUAUUUGCCCAAUUUCCUUCCCUGUCCAUCUUCUCUAUUGGGUGUUUAUUCUUUUCAUGUAAAUAAGAUAAGGUAAUCGUAUAGCCUUACUUAAUCGUCAUCAUUUCCAUUUAUCAAGAUUGUUCAUAUGUAGAAUAUUGGACACUUAUCGUAGCACUACAUAACUGGUAAAUCUGUAAAUGAAUUAGCACUUUCAUAUUGAAACAAGCCUGCUAGCCUAUGUACAAAAAUAGCAAAAUGUUUGCUGUUUAUAAAAAAAAAAAAAAAGGAUGUAAUGGGGAAAAUAAUUUCAAGUUUUAAUUUAAAAUUAACUAGCAGUUUUGUACCUGGUGACUUUGUGGUGCAGUCACCUCUGGUUGUGACUUGAAUUCGGUUAUGUAAAAAGGGGUUAGUGAUAUUUCAUUGCUGCUAAAAAAAAAAAAAAAAGAAAAAAAAAAGGCAACACCCUCUGUGUCCUUUGUUUUUCUUAAAGCUCUCAAUGUACAAGUGGAAAUUUGGAGACAAAAUCUUAAUGUAAGCACUGAGAAACAUUAUCUUCUCUGAAGCAUGUAAAUUGGACAUGAAAUUCUGCUCUUAAAGAGUUUAUUGAAGUGUGUGGAUGAAACAUCUAUAUAUGCAAUCUAUUAAAAAAUUAAUUCGGCUACCUUGGGCUUGAUAUAUGAUUGCAGUUUAUUCCUAAUUUUGCAAAAUAAUUCAUCCUGUUUGUUUCUAGCAACUGGUAGUGGCUUUAACCACUACAUUUCCUUCCCUCUUUUUGCACUCCCAGCAUUAACAUGUGCUCUUGUUUGCCUGAUCCAGAUGGGAUGUUUGAGGUUUCACCAAGCUUUCACUUUUGAAGCCAUAAUUUCCCCCUUCAUCUCCAGCUGUUAUAGUACCUCGUAUUUUAGCUAGAAAGGCAAAAUAAAGUUCCCUCUGGGACCACUGUCAAAACCACUCUAUUGAGAAACCAGCAGUAAGAUGCUGUGAAUGGGCUGGUUUAUUGCCCCCUUUUUCUUCUCUGAAAAUCUAAAUUAACGUUCAUUCUUUUGGCUGUUUUUAUAUGUCACCUACUGUUACAACUGAUAAUAAACAAGCUACCUUAAUUUAAAUGUAAGCCUCCAAAACUUAAAUGCAGGUUCAAAUGAACUGAGCUGAUACCUGUAAAAAAUGAAACUGAAAUGCGCGCGCGCGCGCGCACACACACACACACACACACAAUGAUAUUCAAAAUGCAGUCUUCAGAAAAUUG